CGUGGUUAGAGGUGUCUUACUGAGUAAUUAAGAAGCAAUUCUCUGCUUCGGAAACCGCUCAAAUUAUUAAAAGCCGUAUUUGUGCACCAGCAGAUGAAUACGAUAAUCUUCAACUAUAGUUGUUGCGAUAUUCGAAUAGAACGGCUUAUGUGAACCGUCGCUUGGAAGUUUUUGCAGUUUUUGUUAACAGAGCACUUCUUAUUACGUAUAUUUACAACGCUGUUGUAAAUUUAUUUAUUUUUUAAUUAGACAUAAUGGCCACAGCUCGAGAAUUCGAAGGUGUACUGAAACAGGCAGAUUCCUUAGGCGUCAGUGACGAGCAACUGAAUCGACUGAAAUCAAUAAGAAAAAUACGAAAUGAAGGAAAGAAGUGGCGGCAACAAAACGUAGAUUUUAUUAUCGCUGGAUCAGUGCUGUUAAUCGCAUUCGCCUUGCCGGUGAUGUCUUAUUAUCUAAUACAGUUUAAAACUCGACUUGGUUCAAUGCUAUUACAAAGAUUUUUCGCCACAAGCAAACAAUACUACAAGACCGAAAACGUAACCAAACAUAAUUGCAUUGUUCAAUCUCUGGAACUGCUCGAAAGCAUUAGGCGUCCGGUUGACUGUAGCAGAUGUGCAGGUGUCACUGAUGUAAAAUACACUACAAAUUUAUCUCAGGAAGAAUUUCUUGAGAAAUAUGCUUUUACAAUGCAGCCCCUAGUGGUUAAAGAUGGUCAAGUUAAUUGGACAGCUCGUGAAACUAUUAACUUCGAAUAUUUGAAAACCAUUUAUACUCCGGGCUCCAAGGCACGAGACAUGGUCAAUUCUCGAUGUCAGUUUUUUCCAUACAACACCGAUAUAGACAGUAUGGAUGAAUUUUUCAACAUGUCAAAGAGUAGACUUGAGGGAAAAGAAGAUCACUGGUAUGUCGGAUGGAGCAAUUGUGGUGGGCUGUCUGCAAACGUGCUUAAAAGUCAUUACAAGUUACCAUACUUUCUUCCGAUGGAAUUAGAUCACAGUAGAACUGAUUGGAUUUUUAUGGGACUACCUGGUUAUGGAGCGCCAAUGCAUGUUGACUAUGUGACCUCGUCUUCGUGGCAAGCCCAACUAACUGGCUACAAGAAGUGGACACUUGAAACUCCCCCGGAAUGUUACGGAAUUUGCCAAAGUCAGAUUGUAUUCACAGUCGGUCCAGGAGACAUAAUGGUUUUCGACGGCACAAGCUGGUUUCACAAAACCGAUAUUGUGGGAGAUGACAUGAGCGUCGUCAUCGGAUCUGAAUAUUAUUAAUAUAUUUGCUGGUACAGUGUAUGACUGUACGCGUAUCGCAGUGUGUAAAAUAAGAAAACAAGGAUGUAAAUUUGUUAUG